CAUUCUCUCUCUCUAUCUCUCUAAGCCAACAGGGACAGACAAUCAGACAAGGACGUCUUUGUAAACACUUUCGCCCAAACAGAUUGAAAACAAGAGGAGUUUAAGAAACACAACCCCAAAGCCUAAAAAAGCCUAGAGAGAUAAAUAGAUAGACAGAGGAUUGGAAAAACAGAGAGGUUAGAGAGGGGAAGUGGGUAAGCUUCAGCAAUGGUGGCUGGGAAGAUGAGGGUGGCAAUGGGCCUAUCUAAAUCGCCGGCCCAUUCUAAAGCAGAGGCUUCACCGAAACCACCUUCGCCAUCGCCGAGUUCAGCAAAAGUGACACAGAAAGCGGUUUUCUCACGCUCAUUCGGAGUCUAUUUUCCACGCUCUUCCGCUCAGGUCCAGCCUAAGCCACCGGACGUCUCCGAGCUCAUCCGACUAGUGGAAGAGCUCCGAGAGAGGGAGUCACGCUUGAAGACCGAGCUUCUCGAGCACAAGCUUCUUAAAGAGGCCGUAGCCAUUGUUCCCGUGCUUGAAAACGAGAUCUCUGCCAAAGACGCAGAGCUCGAAAGAGCCUCCAAGCAAAUCGAGAGCUUGGAGGGUGAGAACGACAGGUUGAGAAGCGAAAUGGAGGACAUGAAGAAGAAGUUUGAUGGCGAGAGCAGAGAGAGCGAGGAGAAGGUGAAGGAGCUUGAGGCUGAGAUAGAGGAAUUGAAGAAAACGGCGUCGGAUCGGAGCAGAGCAGAGCUUUUGGUAGAAAACGAGGAGCUAUCUUCAUCGCAGAGGUUUCAGGGACUAAUGGAGGUGUCCGGGAGAUCGACACUGAUCAGGAACGUGAAGAAAGGGAUUAAGUGUGCGGACACCAGUACGAACGCGGAGAAUCAAAAGGUUCAGGUUCAUGAAGUUUCGGAUUCGAAGAGAGAGGAAUCGGAUCAAAGUGAGAGACCGAGACACUCUAGGUGUAACUCGGAGGAACUGGCUGAGUCGUCCUACUCGGUUCUUUCCAAUGUCAGAUCUCGUGCACCUAGGGUUCCAAAGCCCCCUCCAAGACCAUCCUCAUCCUCUUCGUCGUCUUCGUCUUCAUCUUCGUUAAAUGGUGCUUGUACUGCUUCCUCAGAAAUCAAAGCUUCGACGGAGCUAGCCAUUCCACCACCACCACCACCUCCGGUACCCAACCAGUACUCAGUACCACCACCACCUCCUCAGCCAUUGAAGGCCGUUCCAGCUCCGCCGCCUCCUCCGCCUCCGCCAUCGAAGGCGGCGCCACCUCCACCGCCACCACCACCAAAGGGAUUGAAGCCGUUGCCGGCCAACGUGAGGCGGGUGCCGGAGGUGGUUGAGUUCUAUCACUCUCUAAUGCGGAGGGACUCCCGACGGGAGUCCGGCGUCUCGGAUGUAUCUUCGACCGCCAAUGCCCGAGAUAUGAUCGGCGAGAUCGAGAACCGGUCGUCGCACUUGCUCGCUAUAAAAACGGACGUAGAAACACAGGGAGAUUUCAUAAGGUUUCUGAUAAAAGAGGUUGAGAACGCCGCGUUUACGGAUAUUGAGGAUGUUGUGCCUUUUGUCAAAUGGCUUGACGACGAGCUUUCCUAUCUGGUGGAUGAAAGAGCGGUACUGAAGCACUUCGAUUGGCCGGAGCAUAAGGCCGAUGCACUGCGUGAGGCUGCAUUUGGAUAUUGUGAUCUGAAGAAGCUUGGAUCAGAGGCUUCGUCGUUUCGUGAUGAUGCUCGCCAGCCUUGUGGUCCGGCUCUCAAGAAAAUGCAGGCUUUGGUCGAAAAAUUGGAACAUGGUGUUUACAAUCUCUCGAGGAUGAGAGAAUCCGCGACCAAAAGAUACAAAGUUUUCCAAAUUCCCACUGAUUGGAUGCUUGAUUCUGGAUAUGUGAGCCAGAUCAAGCUGGCAUCUGUAAAGUUGGCAAUGAAGUGCAUGAAGAGAGUAUCUGCGGAGCUUGAAACAACAGUUGGUGGCGGUGGCCCCGAAGAAGAAGAGUUGAUAGUACAAGGCGUUCGAUUUGCCUUCCGCGUGCACCAGUUCGCUGGAGGUUUCGAUGUGGAAACAAUGAGGGCUUUUCAGGAGCUGAGAGAUAAAGCGAGAACGUGUCAUGUUCAAUGCCAAAACCAGCAACAGCAGAAAUUUGUAUGCAGGUCUACACCUUGCUAAUACAUCUCUGUAGCAAACUCAGCUUCAGAACCGCUCUGAGUUAUUUUUGUUGUAAAGAUAGAACAUCGUCUCUGUGAAUACAAUGGCUUUGAAUUCAUUUUUAUUCACUUAGGGUAAAAAUCUAAAAAAGCAAUCUUGUUAAUGGUGACAAUAGAUAUUAAAUAACAGAGUGCAAUCACCAGCACCAGGCCACUUGCUGCUUGACAUUUUGGCUA